GGAAGUGCUUAGUGUCUGGAGUAGGCGGGUGUGUGUAACAUCAGGUGACUAGCAACAUCUCUGGCAGCCGUCACAACACCGCCGUGUGCUGCCCCCGCUGACAGGUAGUUAGCAGUCCCGGGACGAAGCUCUGUUGGACCGGCGGGCUGGGUUAUGUUUCCCGGAGCAAGGACCGUUGACGGAGGUUUGUGCAACAGCAACCCAUGGCGGCAGAAAUUCAGCCCCAACCGCAGGCUCGGAAGCCAUGUCUGCUGAGCAAGAUCGAGGCUUUCCAAGAUGUUGUUAGCACGGCGGUUAUCAUCCCAAAGGAGGACGGUGUUAUCAGCGUGUCUGAGGACAGGUAAGCCAGUAGACUGCGAAUAAGCUCCUGAAUAACCGACAUUACAACUCUGUCUCCUUUCUUGUAUUCCGUACAGAGUUGUCCCCGGUCAUGUAUGUUAUUGGUCGGGCUCAUAUUUCGUUUAAUGAUUUCAUGGUUCAUGAUUAUAGCAGAAAUAUUGUUACAUUUCCAUAGCCCGGUCAGCUGACACAGCCAUUUGCUUUAUAUGCUUGUUGGCUCUUUUUAAAUUUGUCCUGCAAAUGAUCGUUUGAAUCAGCGUUAAUGGAUAAAAAAGAGGAUAGAAUGGUGAGGAAACUUACGAUACCAUACGUAGAAUAACGAUAUUAUCGCGAUACAGCUAUUAAUUUAGAAAAUGCGAUACAGCCUUUUAAUUAGGGCUGGGACGAUAUGCUUUUCUCCCGAUUCGAUUCUUCUACGAUUUUUUGGAUGCCAAUUCGAUUCAAAUUGGGAUUCUACAAUAUUGUCGAUUUUCUCGAUAUUUAGUUCGCAUUUUUAACACCAGUGAAGCAGUUGAAUGAUUAUGAUUGUCUACUGACUAUUCCAGGAACCAUAAUUUCCCCCCCAAAGUACAUACCACAUGUAAGUCAGUUUUUAAGAUUAAUUCUUAAUUUUGAAAAAAAAAAAGUAUUUUUGAACAUAAAAAAUAUCGAAAAAUUAUAAAACAAAAAAUCGCGAUACUUAUAUGAAUCGAUUUUUCCUCCCACCCCUACUUUUAAUGAUACACAAAUUCUGAUUAACUAAAAAAUACAAAACACAAAUAAAAUGAAGUCCAAAGUGCCCCUUUGAGGAGUGGUGAAAUAGUGAAGUAUGUGCUGUAUUGUUUUCACUCAUAAAUAUUGAAUUUGUUUUAAAUGAAAUAAUGAUUGUAGAGCAUGAGUCAGCAUUAUGAUGUUACUGUAUGGAAAUUUUGUUCCACUCUAAGUGCACACUUUGAAUGUGGUUUGCAAGGCAGCAACCAAUUAUAAACAAAUUCAGGAAAACACAAUGUGGCCAUGGAUAUAUUCGUACAAAUGCACCAGGGGUCAGUAAACAUUAUAUUUUUAUGACACCAUGUUGUUUCUUAGGCUUGGGAUCAGGACCCAAGAUUUGGCCACACUAAAUAAAAUCUAAAUACUUUUACACACUACAAAAACUUCCCCUACACUUUCCUAGUUAAUGAAUUGCCUUUGGCUGUGUGUAUAUCUGUCUCUUUGCAGUCGUUAUGUGUAUAUUGUUCAGUCUGUUGACAUAUGUGCAAAUGCUGGAGGGUGGGUUAGUGGUUCUGUAUGUUUGAAGGUCGUAUUUCUUGUAAUGCUUGAAGAGUCCCCUGUUAACGUGCCCUUUAUAUGUCAAAUUAUAUAUUUUACAAAUGUUGUCACCAAGCUUUAUGAUCCACAGACCUUAUCAUGUAUACUUCAUCAGCUUCUUAACUAGAUAGAUGAUAAAUAUUGACAAAGGAAACUAUAAUGAUGGUAGACCAUUUAUCUUACAACUGACAUGCUGACAUACAAGGUUCAACACAGAAGUAGGGUAUUUAAAAUUUGGAUCUGAGGACUAUAACACUUAAAGAGUGGAAAUAUUACUAAGAUUUGUGAUUUUGUUUGACUUGGAAAAAAUAAAAACUUGCAUGAAUAAAUGUAGUUAUUCAUACACUCAUAUUGAUGAGACUAAACUUCUGUCAAAGUGUCGUCCAAGUUCAUUGACCUUUGAGUUUAUAGAAACUUCUCACGGAUUGAGUGAAAAGCUCUGUGUGCUAUACACUUGAAACUUAACAGAGGUCAAUAAAAUAUCUCUUUGUACUAAACCUCACCCCUAAAUUAUACAGGAAGUGGGUCCUCGGACUGAGGAAAUGCUCUUGAGUAUUAGUCAUUGAGCAGAGAUAAGAGCCCCACAUCAUGGAGGGGAUUGUCAGUGACCUCGAGUGUUUCAUAUUCUUGUCAACUCAAAUAAAUGUAGCAUUUUUCCAAACCGGAAAAAAUCCAAAGAGGAAACUGGAAACUGUUGGAGUUAAUUGAACAUCAAUAAGCUAUUGAAUUUAAUCAGCUUAAAUUGCACAUCAUCUUGUAUUCUCUCUGCAUCAACAGAGAAAGGAUUUCACAACAGGUUAUUCUCCCUUUGGUAACACAGGGGCAAAUUUCUUAGUGCUGGUUGAAUGUAUAAAUGAGCAAUGUUAUGUCUUUCCCAGGUUUAAAGGCUACUUUGGAUUACACAGUGAUAAUCUGCAGGUUUGGUGUGUGUGCAGUGUUGCUCUUGAUUUGGCGCUUAAGGUCAAAUCUUAACAGUAAACUUCUGAGAGCCUGCGGUGGCAACUGAAAGAACGAGGUCCGCCAAUUUCAGAUUAUCUUCAUCAUUAGUUAGAAAUCUUUGUUUAGGGCACUUUGGUAGUGAUGCCUUUGGGCAAAAUCUCAUAUCUUUUUCUGGAAUGAAGACUGCAUUUUUCAUGAGCACCCCCACCCCCACUGGCAUAAACACUAAAUCCUGUCCAAAUCCUGUCAUUUAGCUCUUUCAACUAGCAAAGCCCUGGUUGAAGAGUUUCUCUGCCUAACAAUACCUCAAUGGGAAACCUAUUUCUUGUUGCCAAUCCUGUAUCAACCUUGAGUACAAAAUGUGUGAAAAGACAUAAAAAAACCUCCUUGUUCUUGCUAAUUUACUUCUCUCUGCCAAAGUUUACAAGCACGGUCCUAAACCUGAACACUUACUGGUGAGUGCUGUAUUUAUCACUGCUUUUUUUUAAGAUAGCAAAUCUAACUGGAACACACCAGUAGGCACUAAAAUUCAGUGUAAAAAUAACCAAAUAGUCACUGGUCAUUGUAGGUCAUUCUUACUGUGAGGUUAUUUCAAAAUAAGUUGUAAACUCCCAACAGUGCCUUUAAACUAAUGUUUUAUUCAUCAUGAAUUCAACACAUCAAGAAUUGAGAGUUACACCUCAAACUUGGUACCUGUGCCUCUUUGGUUGAUAUUAUCAGGCUGUUAUUGUCAAUCACAACAGUAUCAGAUUUAGCGUGAGUGUUUUCCAAAAUUUGCUCAUAUAGAAAUUGGUUUUAUAGAUCUUCAGAGUACUCAUACAGAGCCAUGUCGGUGUUAAAUUGCUGUGUAGUCCACCUUUCAAAAUAAUUUCUCUGUAAUCUGUGAUUUCUUUUUUCUCUUUUAAAAUCAGUGUCAGUCUUUAACAAUCAGUUUCUCUCAGGCUUCAGUUCAGACACUGUGAGGAGGACUUUUGAAAAGCACUCAAAGGUUAUGGUUUGUUUAAUCCUGCAGGACGAUUCGAGUAUGGCUGAAGAGAGACAGUGGUCAGUACUGGCCCAGUGUCUACCACACAAUGGCAUGUAAGUAUUUCUUUUAAAGAUGACACAAAUUUUCAGCUGUUAUUUUAGUCCUUCCUUCAAAGCAAGUGAGUGAUUAAAUUAGCCAAAUGAUUUUUAGUUCAAAAGUCUUGAAUGUACAGUAUAUAAAUCUGUGUUACAGUAGUCAGCAGAGUUGUGCAGAUAACGUCCUUUUUUUGGGACGGACAUGUCAUGAAUUCCUGUUUUUGGUUCACCCUUCCUCUGCGCUUGUUUUUGUCUGAGUUGGCUUCUUUCACAUCAGGAUGAACAUUAUGAAUCACACAGACUCCACCUCUCUAAAAAUGACACGAAGAAUUUGUUAAAUUGCUCCUGAAUUUGCAGCAACAUGUUGUCCUGUGGGAUCAUUCACUCUCAUUUCUUACAUCGCAUUCGUGAACCGCUCUCAGAGACAGAUCGUGCCGCUCUGAGACGAGGAGGGAGGGGGUGCAGGCUGUCCAAGUAGUGCCGGUCUCUUCAACAGUACUGCAGGGCUCUACAUCUGUGACACUGUCUGUCCUUGUUUCCCUUCGGUUGAGCAACUGAAGGAAAUCCCUCGCUACCAUCAGCAAGAUCUGUGGUUUGCAAUAUCAGCACGAGAGGAUGCAGAUGUUAAACAUUUCAGUUCGUUGAUAGAAAAACUGGAAACUGAGGAAGAGAUAACAAACCAGCCACUGUUUUCAGAUUUAAAGAUAAAGUAGGUGAAAUUUAAGCAAUUUUUACAGACAAACUGGCUGAAAAUUGGGUGGAGAUUGAAUGCUGUUUAGGUGUUUUAUAUUUACAUUGUUUUUCAUACAGUAUGGCUGGGUUGCAAAACAAAUUGAACUUUAAUCACAAUUUUCGCUUUCUCACAAUCAAAAUAAACAUGAUAGAUCGUAGGAAACUUCACAGGGAAGAGAUUACUGAUUACUGAGACGCCCUUUUACCUCCUUUUCCCCAUCUACCUGUCUGUGCUUGCUUUAUUGAUUAUAAUUCCUUGCAGUGCAUUCUGUGAUUGUACAAAUAAGUCAACUCGUGUUUUCACUAGCUUCUCUAUUAGGACAACAGGUGACAAAGGGUAUUUAAUGAUCCAAAACUCAAGUUGCAGAGAAAUAUCUGCAGCAGAGCAGCCAGAGAGCAGGAGGAUCAGAUGUUGUGCGUUAGUAAAGCAGAGAGACAAAGUCCUAAAGAGUGAAGCUGCAGUAUUUACAAGAAUUAAAGCACUAACCCUUGCCAGGCUAAACAUUUACUUUACCUAUUCCUGGUAGUCUCGUUUGCUGGUGGAUAUCAUGAGAAAGUAUCGAUAUGAAAGAAAAGCUGUAAUGCUCAUGUCUGUCAUAUUUGACCCAAUGUUUGGGGCAGAGGUUUUGUCCCAGUCUGGCCCCGUCAGUAACUGAGAUGUAGUUAUUUAUGUUUUUAAAUCAAACUAUAUAAGUAGAAAAAGCACUUAAGUCAAGAUUUCAUCACGAUAAGUAAUGGUUAGUUAGUUAAAGUGUGUUUUCUGAGCUGCCACAUCGCAUAUUUGCUCUGUCAGAGGAGGUCGGUUCACAGGGACUUUGUUCCCACAUUUAUUCUGCCUCUUAAAGCUCAGCCACUACAUUCAGGAUAUUGCACCAUCGCACAGUUAUCCAUGGUGGGUAAAUGUUCAACAGACAUGUUUGAAUUAUUUGAAGUAUUUUUAUUCUGGGGUUGUUUGCACUACAUUUCAUCAGGCAGAGUUCAACAGAAAGGAAAGCUCUUAAAAUAGUCUCACACUGACUGUGCCCUUAACAAAUGACCAUAAUAGGCAGUUUUUAGAUAAAUUACAAACAAAUGUGUGAUUUAUUUUGAGUACUAUGAUCUCACGGUGGAUUGUUGUUUUUGUUGUUGUACAUUUGGAUUAUUUAUUCAUCCUCAAUUUUACUCAAAUAUCAAAACUGCAAAGAAGAAAAGAGAAAAACACAAGAGCCCAUUAGCAGAAUUAAUCACCUUUUUAAUGAAAUACUGUUGGAGAAAACAAGGCGAUCAAAGGAAGCUCUUAAAAUGCAAAAUAAAACAGCACAAAGGCUGAGUGUCAACAAAACAAAACAUCCUCUGCUUGAGAGACUAAAAUCCAGGAGUAAAAGUGUUUGUGCACCUCUCAAUUAACCAACAGGAGGUCGAAAUAAUAACAAAACUAGCAAUGUGUGACUUGUGUGAAGGUGUGGGUGUUAAAACUGUUGUUGAAAUCUGCCGAUCAGCUCGAGGGUCACAGGAGAGCUGGAACCAAGGUCUAGAUCAGAUCAGAUCAGAUCAGACAUGAGAUGAAUGUAAAGCUGAGGGAUGCUCUUUAAAUCACAGCAAACUCACGGAGCAGGUAGAGCAGACCCAGACACAUAAAUCCAGCUGAUAUUAUCUGAUGUCGUUAGGUUGUAUUUGUAAGCAAAGGCUGUUAGAGUUAUGUUCGAGGUUUAGAGAUAGUGUCUCAUUUUUAUAGUUUGACAGUCGGAGACCACUGAUGAUGAUACAAACAUAAUAUCUGAAUCUGAAAUAAACUAAGAACCUUUUUAUUACCACCAAACUGGCGCUGUUUAAUCUGAGGGGAGCUGAUAGCUAGCUUGAGCUUCAUCAUCAGACCUCCUUCCAGUGGUGUUAUAACUCUGAGAUAUGUGAUACAGCAGUAUCUGUGAAAUUACCAUACAAUACUGUUUGGUAAAAAGGAAUUAAGCCUGAGAGGUUCCCUGUGUAAUAACAAAACCAACAUUUGUAUGCAGAGUGUUCACUAUUUGUCUCCUUUGUUUUGUGUUUCUCCAGCUCAGUGCACCUGUAUGUCCUUUAACCCGGAGACCAGGAGGCUGUCUGUGGGCAUGGACACCGGCAGUAUCUGUGUAAGUCCAUCCACCAACCUGCUCCCCCUCCAAACUCAACCCACUGCCCUUUCUUAUCUUCUUCUCUCUCUCUCUGUUUUCUCUUUUGCUGCUUCAGUUGUUGAUCAUCUGAUGUCCACAUGUCAUUCCAGUUGGUUGUGUUUUUGUCUGUAGGCUAACAGAAACGUCUUGUGAUAUUUUUCAUCGUUUCUUUAAGUGCGGCGCUGCUCAAAUUGUAUGUAUACUUGUCUGCACGUUAGCUGAUCUCCAGUCCAUGACGAGAAUGUUUACAACUAGUUUGUUUAGUCAGUUGAAAUGAGGGCUUUGUUUGGUCACUGUGAGCUGUCACAUAAGCUCCUUUCACACAUGAACUCCUGACAUUUUCAGGAACUUUCCAUUCACACGUGCACCUCACAGCAUGAGAUUUCCUCAGAAACACUCUGUUUGGUGAAGAGGGUGGUUUACAGUUUCUGUUUUAUCUUCUCCGUCACACAUUAGUUCACCCUGGCUCUUUGCAGACUUUGGCACUGUCAGGUAAAAGUCCAGAAAUUUCCCAGAAGAAGCCAGAGUGAAAAUUUGAUCCAUUUUGCAUCUACACAGGGAUGCAUGCGUGUCUUUUCUCUGUAAGUCGUAUCGAGAAUGCUUCCCUCUCUCCCUCUCCUUAAGAGGAAAAUUAUACUCUGAUUAUUAUUAUUUAUAUCUAUAUUAUUAUUUAUAUAGCUAAUCAGAUCGUGCUCCUCUCCCUGCUCUCCUCUCUCCACCUGUGGCCGCAUGGUAGCUUCCACUACUUCAGCACAUGUUGAAGAUACACAAUUGAUUCUUUGACUUUAAACUUAGAGCUGUGUGAUGGGAGAAGCAGAACAGUGGUGGAGAUUCAAUCAUUUAAAAAGGGAACAUUGCUUUCAGACUCAUUCAGACUCAUGCUCAGGCUUAUGUUGAUGAAGUCUGAGCAUUACAGCAGCAGGUUAUAACUUGUUAUUUGAAAUGUUUAAUUGUUCGGCUGGCAGCUGAAGCAAGCGGAGAGUCCUGCUAGAUGGGUCUAUAAUGUUUGACACAGAACAGAGUGGAUUUAUUUAUUUAUUUAUUUUCUACUGUGGAAGUGUAGUUGAAAUCUUGUUUGCUUGGGAACAAGUUGACCCAGCACAAAAUCCGACAGUCCUUUGACGGCACAUUUAGUCGACGUUUGGGUUUAAAAGAACCCUCAAACUUCUCAAACUUGGAGUUCUUCAGGGUGAUUCGAUGGAGGGUGGUGGUUCACGCACUGUUAGUCACACCACGCUGUUCUGCUUUUCUCUGGCUCGCAGUUUUAUCUCACUAAACGGAUUUGCAUUGACAUUUUUAGAGAGUGAUAACAGAAAGUACUUUUAACUGCAAGAGGGAAGCUUCAAAUACAAUCACAUUUAUUAGCACAGAUACUCAUGAGGACUGUGAAAUGUUCCAGCACCAACCUGUAUCGACUUCAACAUAAACUCUGCUGUAUUAUAAUUGGUCACUUAUUGAUCUGAUUCAGUGUAACCACUAAUGUUCAUUUCCUCUCUUUCAGGAGUUCACCCUGUCUGAAGACUACAACAAGAUGACCCCUGCAAACACUUACCAGGGUGAGACAGGAAGUCCGCCUGUGUGUAUAUGUGUGUUUCAGUGUGUGUGUGUGUUGGUGUGAGUCAGUUAAUGCAUCACGUGACUAAGUGGAGGAGAACCAAAGAAGAUACAGUUGAGGGUUUGUUUAGAGACGUUUAGAAAAAGUGCUCAAAACAAAACUUUUUGUAAAAACUGAAAUCAGUUCUUUUGUCUCCUGAUUGAAAAUUGAUCUGUUUUUGCAUCAAAUUAACAAAAAGCUGAGACAAAAAUGUUGAUCAGCUGAUGGAGCAGUCAGAAACAAAGGUUAUAAACAAGACUAAUCUCCCUGAAUAUUUGUGGUUUUCCCAGUUAAUCCAAAAAUAUGAAACGUGCUUUUUUUGGAAGCUUUUUACCUCAUCUUUGAGUGAUUUAGAUGUGAUCAGGGACAAAACUUUAGAUAAAUCACUGUCAAUUUUGUUAAAAAAAAAGCAUUUGUCAGGUACACAUUUUUUCCAUAACAAAGACAAGACAAUGACAAGUUGCGUAACAUCAGUGAUUACAAAAACAAAAACUAUUUGAGGUGGACUGUCAGACAUUUAAGAAUAAAAAUGAAUAUUGAAAAACAAAAACUCACAUAAACCGUGUAUUUUCUAGUAUAAACUUUGCAUGUUUAAUCUUUCUGUAGAGUUAAGUGUGUCUGUCUUCUGAUGGGACACACGUGCUCAGCAUUAGAAAGUCUGUAAGAAUUUAUCUUUGGCAGGAUUUAUUGAAAAGGCAGAAUUACAUGUUAAAGACUCAAAAGAAAACAAAAAUCAGUGCUGCUCAAAAAUGUGCCACGGCCUCAUUGUAGCAGAGGAGCCGUCCUGUGUCUAAAAACUCACCAAUUAACCUCCACUCUUCAUUACAUGUUAGUAAGUCAUGGAUUAUGUAUGCACAAAACAUCACGUCCAUGCUCUGGAUGUUUUUCAGUUAGUGCAGCUACGUAAUACGGUAGAACUUGUUGGAAAAAAAAUCAACUUUAUUGCCCCUGUUUCUAGUUAUUUUUCUUGGGUGAAUUUAAGUGUUGUUUUUUUUGGCAGUUACUGACCAGGAAAAGUUCAGCGGCUUAGCUCGUCUUUGAUCUUUGAUACCACAUGCUGAGAUUCUGAAAUUCUUGUGAAUUUCUGCAGCAUGUUUUAUUUAUUACCAUCUAUUUAUUAUCGCCCGGGCCUGAGAGCUGUCUGAUGAUGAAGUCUGCUCCGCUUGCUUUAUUUGAAGCUUGAAAAACUCUGCAGCCCGAGGAAUGUUUGUUCUCUUGUUGAGUUCAUUAUACAUUUAUUUUAUUCUGCAAAACUACCCGAGAAAUAACCGGAUCAAUCUCCACAUGUCUCGUCUGCAGCCUCGACUACACAAAGUUUUAUUUUGUAGAAAAGCACAUUAAAGUCUUUGACUGUGUCACGUUGCAACAGGAGAACUCACAGUCUACACCUGUAUCUUGAACAUUUCUCUUCUUAUGUUGACCGGAGCUAUUGCUAACAGCCUCAGACGGUGUAUUUUUAAGCACGAUGAUGUAUAAGCCGUUCUAACAUAAAAUCAGUAAGUAGGGGUAGGAGCCGUAUGUUUGCAGCAAAAAGCCAAGACUUUAAUCUUUCCCAUCAUCAUGUUGUAAAUUUGUUGAUGAGAUCAGCAGCUGCUGUAAAGGCUCGGUUUAAUGGGUUCAAAAGAGUGAAAGCGCCCUUGAAGAAGACAUGGGGUCAGCGUGAAAGGAAAAACGUUGUAUUUUAAGUGUUAAACACAGAGUAAUAACUUUCCCAUUUUAUGUUCAGUAAUUGUGUCAUUACCUUACAUUAAGUGCAGUGUAAAACUUGUCCAAGCAGGGAAAGAAGCUAACUAAAUGAGGUUUAAGCUGGUAAAAUGAUUGAUUGAUUUGAAAGAUAAUAAACUUUUUAAAAGAAAUAGUUUCAGACCAAUUGAAAUAUCAAAAAUGUGUUUUAGAGCACCAUUUCUAACACAGACUCAAAGAAGAUGGUGAUACUGCAUGAUUAUUCCUCACUGCAGCACCGUCUACUUUCUUCAAAAUAGGGUUUAAAAUGCACAUUUCUUUGUUAUUUGAGCACACGGAAUAUGUGUCCCGAAGAAACCAAAGGAAAUAGCCUAACCAUGAUUUCUAGUUAGUCCUCUGCACUGAGAUUGAAGUGUGAAAAUGGAUCUCAUAUGCUGUAAUGAUGUGUUUUUUUUGUGUGUGUGUGUGUGUCUGUGUGUGCCCACAGCUCACCAGGGCAGAGUGACUGUGGUGCUGUUUGUGUUGGAGAUGGAGUGGCUCCUGAGCACCGGCCAGGACAAAAACUUCACCUGGCACUGCUCAGAGAGCGGGCAGCAGCUGGGGACGUAUCGCACCGCCGCCUGGGUCUCAGGACUCCAGUAUCCUUUAAUGCCCUCUUCUCCUCACCCUCCUGCUCCAUUUGUUGUCUUGAUUUGUCGGCUACUUGGCCUCUGCGGAGGGCUCAGUGAACCCGACAGUUAAGCUUUCUGCUAAAUGGAGUGGAGUGGACGUAGCUGAGUGUCGAGCCAUCUUUGGUUCUCUGGACUGUGAAAAAUCUCUGCCUUUUAUUAUGACAACAUAGUCUAUUUUAAGGCCGCAGCAACACAAGACAGAGCAAUUGAGAUUAGCUCCAGUUAGUUUGUUCUAAUGGAAAAGGGCUAACAAUAGGCAUCAGUCAUGCUGUUGUCAAGGAAACGGUCUGAGGAGGUUUCUGUAACGGCCACAUGAAAGGCUGUGAGUGCUCGGCAGCGACACUGAUCCAUACCAAUGAGCUGCCAUGAGGUCUUUACACCGCUGCUAUCUGGCUAGCCUCGACAUGCUAACCUGUCCGACUGGCACAGCAAGACGAAUCAGUGAGAGAGGAGGAGACGCCGAGCUGUGACCUCUUGUGGUUUUGUUUGGAGUGACCCUAGCUGUGAUAACAAGGGCUGUGUCUGUACCUGCUCAGUCCCCACUGAAUGAAGUCUAGUGAGUUUUUUUCUUUUGGUGUUAGCAGGUGGAAAAGAGAAUAAAAGGAUGUGUUUUAGAUUUCUUGUUUGAGGUUGUUUCAGCUGUGCUUUAGUGACUGUAAUUUAACUGCAGAGCUUAAUUUCAAUUGAGGCUGCAGAUGUGCACAAAUUAACUACAGCAAGUUUGAAUGAAUAAAAUCAUCUGUAAAGUAAUGUCGGAUCCAGUAAACAAAUUUGUUCUGCCAUCUUUGCACAGUCAUGACUGCAGCCCAGACAGUAGACAUGAAACAUUAGACAGCUGCUGGUGAAGGUAUUCUUCUUCUCAGAUGAUCCUGAAUUUAUUCAGAUUUAACAAACUGCGUGACAACAGCCUGAUUGUAUGAAGAAGAAACAGCAAAAAUGUGACAAACUGCUGCAUAUUUGUGAUGAAAUACUGUGUUAAAAAAAAACAUUAUUCUUCUUACUAACUAGCUUAACCAUCCCAGCAAUUACAUUUUCUACGGAUGUACAUCAACCACGUGUUACUUUUUUUAUGAUUACAUCCUGAGGGUCCUCAAAAAAUGUAACAACAGAUAGAUAAAAUAUAAGGCUUUAAAAUUUCUCAACAGUCACUUUUUCUCUGGUGGAUGUCUUAAAUUUCAGAUCGCACUUUUAGUUUUUAAAUUUAAACUCCCUAGUUGAUAUUAUAAAUGAUUUUUUUAAAUCCUUUUUGUUGAUUCCCUCGUUCAUGUGACUACUUCUCUGAGGUGACAGGUUAAUUUCAGUCUUAACAGUCCACUCUCAGUGGAUGUUAGGCUUUUAUUUUGAAAGCGAAGAGCAACAUGACCUUCCUGCAUCAUUAGCCAUGGACACUUAGACAACUUUCUUUACUUUUGCGAAAGUACAGAAGAAGAAUAAUAUGUGAUGUGUGACUCAAGUUAGCAGGGUUUCUGCUGGGUCUUAAAAAGUCUUAAAACGUCUAAAUUCCAGUAAUUUAAAUUUAAGGCCUUAAAGUGUCUAAAAUUCUCUGAAAACCUUAUAAAAUGUCUUUGCCAGUAUGGAUGUAAAAUUGAUCUUAAAUUGUGUUCAUUAUUGUCUUAAAAAGUCUUAAAUUUGACUUGUUGAAACCUGCAGAAACCCUGAGUUGGAUCAUCUGCAGCCAGAGUAAACCUGAAGACUUCAUGGCGGAGAAACACAAGUCGACACAGCAGAUGAUAAAACUUCCCUGCUGUGAAACUGAUAAAAAUCACAUUAAAACUUACCACUGACCGUCACUUUUUAACAUGCAUACUUAGAUAGUUUUCUCACUUGCUUUUUAGAGGGAAUCUUGAACGAUAUAACAACAUGUGAUUGGCACAGAAACAAGGGAAGCUUGUAACAAAAGCAUUUCAAAUGUAGAUGGAUGCGCUAGCUGUCAGCAAAGAUGAAUUUGCAUGACUCCUGUCCGACUUCGCUUUUAAUCAGGGGAACCCGCAUUAUAAAACGGUAGCGUGAUUACACUCAGGGCAUGAUGUUUCUGAGUGUUUAUUUGUCAUCACUAAUCCAGGAGCUGGAUGGAGUCUGCCAGCUCACUGCACUUCUGGUUUCUAUUGGCACUGCUGCUUGAAUAUAAAGGCAUAAAAUCUUGAUGGGACUGUUUGAAUCCAAAAGCAGAUAAAACCCGUCACGCUCCACGGUCCUCUGCAUUUGUCUAAAAACUCUGGUGUUAGAUUUCUUAUUUGUAUUUUGUAAAAAACAGAUGAGAGGAAAUCCGCAGAUCUACAUGCUUGUUAUUGGAAAUAUUAUUUGAAUGAAAAGCUCAAAAGCAGAACAGAUGGUAUCAUCUUAGUUUUCCUGAGAGAAAACUGAAUCAGAAACUUCAUAGAUGCCGUCUUUACAUUGAUUAUGUGUCUGUUUUAAGGCGGUGGAUUUAUGCUGUUUGGUAUAAUCAGGUCAGUCCUUAUGCUGUUGCUGCUUUCCUUUUCUACUCAGCGGACAGCGGUGAUUGUGGUCUGUAGUGACUGAACCAGGUCAGCGGAGGACUCUGACUAAAAGAGCUCAGAGUCAUUCGCUGACAUUGUACCGCAGUGCAGGACAAACAGUCAUCUGGUCGUUUGUUUGUGUUUUUAUUUUCAAGAUUGAUUUUCUUCCAGUUUGGCCUUAAUCACGUCUCAGAUUCGAUGUCGAGACCCGACACGCCUUCGUAGGGGACCAGUCAGGUCAGGUGACCAUCUUGAAGCUGGAGCAGGACAACUGUAGCCUGGUUACUACCUUUAAGGGACACACUGGUACGCCACACACACAAACACACACACACAUACACAUGCACACACAUUAAGCUCUGCCUCACCUCCUCCCAUUUCUUGUCCUUGUAUCAGAUUUUUGAUGAUAUUCUUCAGAGGCACAUUUUAUAAGGACACUCAGAAAACAACCUGUGUGAUAUAAUCUUUCUCUUGACGUUAAACUGUCAGAACAGCUGAUCUCCUGUUUGCAAUGAUAUCUCACCAAAGUGAGAUAGUGUGAGAGGAGACACAUAAUCAUAAUCCCUAAAAGAUCGGUAUAAGAAGGUUAAUAUUCAACAUGAGAUGUCCAUGAGGUGUGAUGUACCUAAAGGCCCCCCGCCAGGCGACAAGAGACCGUCUAAAUCCCAAAUGGAUGUAAAUCUUAUGCAAAGAGGGAAAAAGAAAAAAUGUUAAAUUGUUCGUGGAUUUAACCUCAGAGUAAUAUUGAUGAGCUGUUCUUUUUUUGUUGCGUUUCCAUCGAGUUUCCUGAAGGAUGAAAUGUGUUUUUAUCCUGAUAAGACUCAUGGUUAGAUGUUAGAUUGUGCUCAUGCCGCACCGCUCUGCACCGUCUUCUUAAAGAAGAUCUCUUCCGCACAAACAUUGAAAUGACUUUAUUGGUCUUGCAGCUGUCUGAAUCGAGAUAAAUAUACUUCCUGCUCUGUUUUCAUACUUACCUACAAAUAUCUGAUGGUAUAGACUCUAAGAAAGCCAUUUCCAGAGAAUGAAAGAGUUAUUUUCCUCCAGCCACUUUGAACUGAUUUAUUUUCCUCCUCGUCUAAAAUACCUUUUUCCUUCAGUAAAACGUUCCUUUUAAAACUGUUUCAUGGUUAUGGAUUGAUUUUACAAACAAGAACACAAUAAAGAAAGAAAGACUGCUGUCAGAGGAGACAGAGGAGAAUAAUUAUACCUCUGCAUGGCACUGAAUUCAGAUUAGUUUUUUUAUUUGUAUAAGAGGAGCCUCUCUUGAACCUCUGAGAGUCAUGCUCCAGCCGCAUUAAAUCCACAUUAUUAUUUAAGUUCAAUUGCCUCCGUCAGCUGGUGUCAUCUCUCGACGGUUUGCAGGUUUAUUGAGCCACUUAAGAAGUGUUUUUUUCAGAGCCGUGAGUCUCUCAUGAUCUCGAGUGUUAAAGAAAAUCUAUCGAGGCUUCAGCAGCAGAAUCUACUUCAAAAAAAGAGACAAAGAAAAAAUGUCUGGAGGAGGAUUUAGAGUCUAGAGGUACAAGCUCGACAGUUGUAGUCUAAGUCCAAAAAGAGAUCUGAAAUACUUUGAAGAUAAGUUCAGACAGCAGGAACAAAGAUGCAGGGUUCAGGGAGAGGAGUUUUCACCAUUCAUCCAUUUAUAAUUGAUUUCUUUUAAGCAUUAGGAAAGCAGUAAAAAGAGAACAUGGAGGCAGAUGGCAUUUCAAGGAUGAAUUCCUCUUUGUGAAAUAUCAGCUACACAAAAAGCAAGGUUGUUAAAUUUAUGUGUUUUUGGUUUGUUUGUUUGUUGGAAGUCCUUUUCAGUUUGUCUUUACUGUUGGAGUUCCCCGGAUCAGCACUCUUCCGUUUAACACAUCUCCUGCACAUCUCCUGGGUAUGGUAGGGCUGGGCUAUAAACCGAAAAUUUACCAAUACUGAAAUUUACAAUAACAACCAGCAUUUCGCCCAUAUUGGUAUAUUCGGUGUCAAAAAAAAUUAAUAAAUAAAAGUUGGUUUUGGAUGUGUGUAGGUAGGCUGUGAUCUCAUGUCCUUUUAAGAUGCUGUCCUAUGUUGGAGAUGUGACUCCACCCCAUUUAGUCCGUAACAAAGAGGGAAAGACAGGUGAGGAGAUGGAGGACAGUUCAAAAAAUGGCUGAAGUAGACGAAGUUAAUGUGGGAGGGGGUGAGCAGCUUGUGGAGUAGUUAUCGUCCAUCUAUCGUUAUCUAGGUGAACUGCUCAAUAUAUCGUGGUAUUGAUUUGAGGCUAUAUCGCCCAGCCCUAGGGUACGGUGCAAAUCACAUGAAAAUAUAUACAUGUAAAAUCAGUCUCACAAAAAACAGCCCAAACGUUGUUCUUACUGUUUUAAUUUUGACAUCAUGAUCAACAGAAGAUAAAAAAGGUUCAGCUCAAAAGUGUCCUAAUUUUUGUGCAUAAAUGGAUCUUUAUGUUGGAAAGUUUUGGGAUUUAUAUAUAUUCACAUAUAUGCUUCUGCAGGUAACGUGACGGCGCUGUGUUGGGACCCAUCCCAGAGGGUUCUCUUCUCCGGCAGUUCCGAUCACUCCAUCAUCAUGUGGGACAUCGGGGGACGCAAAGGCACCGCCAUAGAACUGCAGGGACACAAGUAAAAACCCAACCUGCUUACUGACGUUUACUGAUAUCACACCUGUUACGCAGAGACACCAUUCAGUCCAGAGUCCUUCACAAAAGAUCAGACAGGCAGGAAAUCAGAAGAGAAACCAGCAUUAAUAGAUCAGUAGAGUCUCUUGCCUUUUCAUGAUAUUUGCUGAAAAUUUGUAUCGUUUCUAUUUUGUCAUUUUAGUGAAGAUUCACUCACUCUGUUGCAAACCCUCUCAAAGAACAAUGAAGUAUUUGUGGGAUGUCUGUUUCAAAUAUGGACCCCGUUAGACAAAUGUGAAGGCAGACUUGAACACCAGGGCGGUUAUUUAGAUAAUCAAGAACAGCUUUAUGUGAAAUCUGAGAAAACAAUGCCUGUAAACCAGGAUUAGCUACAUUUAGCACUUCAGACUCAAGCUGCAUGCAGCAGAUUUAGUGGAGCAGAAACUCUGAAUUCAUUAGUUAUUGUCAAAGAAAGACUUUUUUGAAACUUUAAAAUAGGUCCAGGAGCUUUAGGAACCCUGGGUGAUUGUGAGACCACAAGAAAAAAAAGCAGAUCUGACAGAAAAGCUAGUGGAAAGCAGCGCUGGAUUCAGACUCAGGCAUAUGCAGUCAAUGCGAGCAUGAAGGAUUCAGCAGUCUGGUUUUAAAGGCUGUUAUCAGUUGUCAGUGCUGGUAGUUGCAGUCUGCUGGUGAUGCUCAGGGUAGCACUGCAGUCCAUUAGCACUCCAGAGCUGAUGUUUCCACAGGGAGCACCUUGGGCCAUCUCCUAGAAGCACUCCCCCACCCCUUCUCCUCAGCUAAAGAUACAAAAUAUAUGCACCGAGUCUGUUUUCUGAUGGAGCCCACACAUCAAGCUAAAAAGAAAACACUGACCUGGUCUAUUGAUCAAUUUUUUUUUAAAGGGAGUUCAACUUUAAAGGAUGAUGGUUUUUGUUUGUGUGUCUCUCUAUAGUGAGAAAGUCCAGGGCUUGUGUUACGCCUCACACACCCGUCAGCUCAUCUCCUGCAGCUCAGAUGGAGGCAUCGUCAUCUGGAACAUGGAUGUAACCCGGCAAGAGGUGAGACAGGGAGGAGGAGGACAGCAGACGGAGGGCGGGGGACAUGAACCUUAGACGCACAGUUGCAGACUUAUAACUGUUGCGACAUGUGAGGAGAAGCCGUGCAUGUGUAGAUACUGUGAAACAGAUCGGUGUGGCGGUUUAAGAAGUGCUGUUUGCUUCACCUCCUACUCCAGAACAAAUUCACUCGAGAGAUCAGUGAGAGUUCCCCAGAUUAGCAGAACAUUCAUUGAUUUUUCUAUCUUAGAAAUACACACACAAAGUUUAUCUGCAGCUUCCUCUCUUAUCCCUCUGUGUCCCGCCUGUCUCCUCAGUUAGCCAAGGUCUGAUUUGGUCUUUACCCACAGACACUGUUCAUCCACCUGAGGGCCAAUCUGAGAGGUGUAAAAUUCUGCUUCAUUUCACUCAAGUAAACAAUAAGACGGAAAAUGCAAUCUAUUCUGCGAAGUCGUUUUUCCGUAAGGAGCAUCUGUGUAAAUUAAACCAAAAUGCAGCACAUUGGACUGUAUUUGGUUUGGAAAAACUCAGUCAGCUUCGUCUGCUGCUGCCAUGGGACAGACAUUUUUCUCGUUCCAUCAAAGCAGCUGUGAUAUGUUUACUCAGAAGUGUAGCAAGUCCCUUAAAAUUAGAAUUACUAUUCUUGAUACCUAUUAGCAGGAUAAAAGCCCACUAGCUGACUGAUCAAGAUGACAUAAGGCUACAUGAUAAAAACCAACAGGCAAAGGUAAAUAAAGCAUUAUCAAAAAAGCAAACCUUGUGAAAGAGAGCUCCUUUAAGAGGUCUAAGAGGUGAUGUUUUAGAUGUUUCUGUGUUUAUAGAGGGUGUCAUAUAUUGAAAAAGAAAAUGUAAAUAAAGGAAAUGUGAAAUUUUUUACUGUGUUUGCUCAGACUCCAGAGUGGUUGGACAGCGACUCCUGUCAGAAGUGUGAGCAGCCAUUUUUCUGGAACUUCAAACAGAUGUGGGACAGCAAGAAGAUCGGUCUACGACAGGUACUGAAGAGAUCUCAUUCCUGAUGUUCGAUUUUACUUCCUUUGAAAAGUGAGUUUAUCAGAAAUAUCCCAAAUAAAUGUUUAGAUUUGACAUCAGAGCUGUAGCAUCAGUGUAUCGCUUAUGAAAUCUUGGGAAAUAACUUCAGAGGAAACAAACACAGGGCUCUUCAGUCCUGCUGCGUUAGAGGCCAACAAACUGUUUUGUUGUCUUUUUCUGAGGAACAGCUUCAUGUCGGCUUUAUUAAACCAACUCAAGAUUGGACAAGAAUGAAAAUAACAAACAAAAAAGCAUCAUAGAACAGAAAAAAACAGUCAUGUUGGAUCAUUAAAAGGGUGAUUUCACAUGUCUGGGGUUUGUGGGGUGAUUUCUGGCACUAAAUUUGACAAUUACUUCUAUUGAACAUUGAAAAAUCUUGAUUUUUUCUUUCCUGUCUGACUUCAGAUUAUCAGUUAAUACAAAAAUCAUCAGAAAUCACAUUUAAAAAGUUUUCUUUCACAUGAUGAAUUCAUCUGACUGCAGCCAAUCUUUGAGCAGACGCAGCAGGAGGAGGUUUUGUUGUUGGACCAUUUCAGUAGAAAGACAACAGAUAAUUCCUCAGAUGAUCACAGUCAGAUGUUAAAUGUCUACAGAGUUCAACAAAAAACAGAUGACAACUUGAAAAACAUGAACUCAUUGUCUGUGAACGGGCACACUGAUCUGUUUGCUUUAAAAUGUUGAGAGUAUUUUAAGAUUGGAUAAACAAAAUUGUUAGUAUAACAGAGUAGGGGGUCACUCUGGAGAAGAGAAAAUGAGAUUUAGGAUUUAAGUCAAAUAUUUGCAAGACUCAAGUUUUUAUUAGUUUUCAUUUUAGUAAAGUGGUCAUGAUCUAACAAGAUUAAAGUUACAAAAAAAAACUCAUAAUUUUAGUUUUUGGUUUGCCUGCAUUUUAUUUUGAAAGGCAAGUCAGACAGGCAGAAACUUCGCUUUGGCACCUGUACGUUAUUUUCACCUGCAUGUAAAUAAUCGAUUGUAGUAACUUCUACCUCACAAGACUUGUAAGAUUCUUACAAGAUUACAACAAUUCUCGUCCAGUUAUUACUCUAAAAUGUACAACUUUGACCUCUUAAAUUCACAAAUUUACAACUUUAAUUUCAUGUUUUCCUAAUUUUGCUCUCAUAAAUUUACAAGUUUCUCUCAUAUAUUUAUAACUUUACUCUCUUUUGAGUCUUACCAAGUAAUUUACAGCCUGAUUCUUGAAAUGUUAGAUUUUAUUUUUUAUCCUCAAUGCCGCCGUAAUCCUCUAUAGUUUGUUAGAUACAGAUUUACAGAAGAGUUUAGUAGGUUCAAGACAAAGUUUCUCAAAAAUCUAAAAUUUGAAUGAUUUGAAGAAGGUUCAGUUUUUUGCUUCAGGGAGCAGGAGCAUUGGUCCUUAAUUUGAGUUUAUAAUGUUUGACUUUGUAUUUGACUCGGUAUGUCAUAGCUGAGAGUGGAGACCUGCAGAACAGUCAUUUUGUUCCUUCCCUGCUCCAGUAAAGAAGCCCUGACCGGCACUUUUCUCGAACUCUGCUCCUCCUGCUCUGAAAUGACAUUUCUGCAAAUCAAAGCUGACAUGCUGAAGUCCUCCUCUGUUCCUCAGCACCACUGCAGGAAGUGCGGCCAGGCAGUUUGUGGCAAGUGUUCCUCCAAACGCUCCACCAUCCCCCUCAUGGGCUUCGAGUUCGAGGUGCGCGUGUGUGACAGCUGCCACGAGUCCAUCACCGACGAGGAGUGAGUAACAAUCAGCCUCUGUUUGCGGUCGUGUACUGACUCUUUGUGCUUACGGCUCAUCAGCGCUCUCUCACAGUCAAAUAACGCACGUUCCCUUUGUGUCCCCUAGCCGAGCGCCCACAGCCACCUUCCACGACAGCAAGCACAGCGUUGUUUACAUGCACUAUGAACCAACUACGGGGAAUCUGCUCACCUCUGGCACCGACAAAGUGAUCAAGGUCUGAAUAGAAACAAACACGAUCUGAUGAAUUAAUCCUCAACAGCCAGUUUUUAGUUACUGCUCUUUUUUUUGUUCUGAUUCAGGAUGUUUUGGGCAGCUUGGGGCCCAAACUGACUCUUUUUGUUUAAAAUGGUUACAUGUCUUCAGUUUCACUAUCUAAUCUCCUUGGCUGCAGAAUUUAGACUUUAAUCUGAGACGGCAGUGAUUUGUCUUAACAAGCAUUAGACAUCAAAGUGACCGUGUUUUUUUCUCUCCACCUGCAGCUCUGGGACAUGACUCCUGUGGUGUCCUGAGGUCGGUGUGUAACCGGUGGUUGGCAGAAAGCUCUGUUCACCAAACUGUGAUCGGUUUUCAAGGCAGCAGCCACACUUGGAAUCAAAGAGGGAAACAUAUCCGACAGUAUCAGUGUCAUCUGGAUAAUAUUUAAAUGUUAUUCAACAACAAGCAGCGGCUGUCAGGCGUUCACAGUGAGGACACUGCAGGCCAGUGAAGCCUGGGAAGAGGACAGACCUGUGUGAACACGAGGUUACAGACGGUUGUGAGUGUUAGUUUGUGUCGAAGGCUGCUGUUUAGUUGAGGAUCUCGGUGUGUAUUUGUGCGUGUGUGUCCUUUACAUGAGUGUUAGGGAGGGGUUUGACACACUUUAUUUUCUUAAUUCUCAUGCAUUCCUGUUCAUUUCAUACUGGAAAACCAUAGAAAGUGGAACAUUUCUGCACUGCGUCAGCCGGUACCAUUAAACCAAAACUUUACUUAUUGUAGAUGUGAAGCAAAUCAUGAAACUUGACCCAGUACUCACAAACUCACAUGUUGUAACUUAAGGUUCUCCACAAGGGAAAGAGUUUGGUACAGCUUUACUCCUGAAAACCUGCGCCACCUACAGGCAAAAGAAAGCAAGAGCAGCAGCAGCAGCAUUUAAGACAUAAACAUGUUUAAUUUGUCCCCUUCAGGCAAAGAAAUACUGAUUUGUGCUGCAAUGUUGAGAUACUAUGACACCAAAAGCUGAAAAAGAUCUAACAUAACAGCCCCUCAAAAGUGAAACCAUAAUAUUUAGUUCUCCCAACUUACAAGCUACAGUAUAGGCCAUAAAGCUCGCCUCCUCCAUGUUAGCAGAUGGGACAUGAAUCAAAGUAAAAAAUUAAGAUAAAUAUCUAAUCAGUUUAUCUCAGAUAUAGUCCCUGUCUUUACAGUUAGUUAUCAUGCUGAUUUAUAUGCAAGCAUCUGUUUCAGUAAGGAGUCCAGUCCUAAAGGUACAGUGUGUGGUAUUUGGCAGCAUUUAGCAGAAUGGACUUUGUAUAAAUGUUAUAAAAUAUUCAUAAGUGCGUUUAAGUUACUUUACAAUCAAAGGGGUGUGUCCUCCUACACUGAGUUCUCAUCUUGCAGUUGGAAGAAGAAGAAAGUGGCUGAGGUGACUUAAUAUUUUGAUAGAGAAUCGUAUUAGGAACUUUUUGUCCUCAAAGGCUCCCUUUAGGGCAGUGGUUCUCAAGUCCAGUCCUCGAGCCCCCCCGUCCUGCAUGUUUUGGAUGUUUCCCUGCUCCAACACACCUGAUUCAAAUGAUCAGCUCGUUAUCAAGCUCUGUAAUGGCUUAAUAACGAGCUGAUCAUUUGAAUCAGGUGUGUUGGAGCAGGGAAACAUCCAAAACAUGCAGGACAGUGGGCCUCGAGGACUGGACUUGAGAACCACUGCUUUAGGGUGAGCAAGAGAGCGUUAUUAUCUGACCAUGAUAAGUAUUCCUAUUUGUUCUCUCUGUACCUUUAAUUAGUCGGUCCAUGUUAAAAAGAGGGACUGGGACAUAAUGAUUGGCAGCCAUAAUGACAUGCGGCUCCUGCUGCUGGAAAUCCUGGAAUGAUCAGAGUAGCUACACCGAGAGGAAACAUGAACACAGAAGUCAUUGAACUCUGCAUGAAUAUGAGUUUCCUCAAACUCACAAAGACCAACCAGAGGGUUCUGUGACAUUAAAUCAGUAAAUCAGUUUUUUUCCCUUCUUUUACAAUGAUGAUGAUGUAAGAAGAAAACCUCUACACAACCUCUGCUGUAGCUUUUAAAAGAAAACUUCAUUGACAUUUCAUUGCCUGCAGGUGGCAGUACUGUCAACAUCACAAAUGCUGUUACUGGCCUUGCCUGAGGAUGGUGCUCUUGAGCAUAAUUGUCAACUAGCCGCAGCUCUAAGAUGUGCACUUCUAUAACAUAACUGUUUGAUGUAUCAUCAUGUAAAGUCACUAAUGUUAUUAAAUAAGCCUUUUGGGCAGCUAAAGCUAACAUCAACCAGGAGGAAGAGAUGUUUAAAACCCACUGAAAACAUUUUACACCACGCCUGUUUUUUUCUGAAUCCAUAUCAGAGGGUUGUGAAGAGCCACAAACCUCAAUGACAGCAUGUGUCAUCAUUUCUGUCCUCACAGAGGCUGGCUCAGGUCACCCUCGGUGAAGUUGUGUGUGGAUGUUCCAGCUGCUUGAGCAAAUGAUCCCUCUCAGUCCACAGAGAGUAACAGAAAAGAUCUGAAAAUACUGUAAAAUCUAGAAUAUAAUAUAUUAAAAUAUUACAAAUUCAGGCUGUUGAGCAGAGAAACUGUCUUUGUUUUCAGCUGAAGGUUAAAGUGAAACAUUCUCAAACAUGUUAAAUGUAACAGGCUGAAAUUUAGGAGAUUGUGUUUGAAUUUAUUUAAAGGUGAAGCAAUCAAGAGUCUUUUAUUAGAUGAUGUAAAAAGAGACAGUAGAUCUAUAAAUUAACCAAUCAGACUGCUUUCUGCUCCCUGUAUAUCCUCUUAUGUUGGCUGUUUGAUGAGAUUAUUUAUUAUCAUAAGCUGUAAUGUCGCUGACAUGCAGAAACACAUAUCAUGUAUCAGAACUGAGAGGAAACGUAAUGUUUUUGAUGUUAUUUUCAUUAUCAGUUGUUUGUUUUUAAUCAUCAUUAUACUGUUUACUGACUCCUAUUGUCGAUGCACUGGAAUCAAUGAGCAAAAAAAUGUCACAAAGUUGCUGCUGUAAGAAUAUGAUUUUCUUUUUGAUGUGAUAUAGAUUGACUUGUUUGUGCUUCACUAUUAAGAUGGUAACCUGAGUGCAGUUGAAUUUUCUCUGAUGUUUUGAAGCCCACUGAGUAUUUUCCAAAGACCUUCAUUUCGGAAUCCGAUAUUUAGAGAUAAGAAAAACCGUAGAAGAGGUUGGUUUGCAUUUUUACAGUAUCUUAUAAAGGUACAUUUACAGCAGCUUUUACUCAUGAAUGUGAGUUGGAUGGUACUUCAACCUCAAAGCACCUUAUCAGUGUUUCCUGAGGUUUGAGGCUCCUGAUCUAUACCCAUGCUGCUCUUUGUGUUUAUGCUGUUUCAAAUGCAUUUUAAUAGUUUUAAGGAUCCAAAUUUUCCAAGAAAUAUUCGUGUCAGGAACAUUUAAGGGAAAGUAGUGGCUGCCUCAACAAGAAUCCAAAAACAUCCUGCUUUACAAAGCUGAUCCGUUUUUAUUUAAAGUGUGUGUGAUUUAAACUGGCCAAAGCAUUCAGAGUCAGACAGUGGAUACAGAUUUAUAAGGUACAUUUAACUUUUGUUGCAGUUAGAAUGAAUGAUGGAUUGAUUAUAUCUGAGGCCAGUGGUCUGUUUUUCUGUCGCAGGCAUUGUUGUGUUUUGAUGAGCCCAUUAAUGUAACCGCGUUUGUAUAUAUGACACAUUAAAAGACCAUGAUCACAGACUCGGUUAAGUUUGUCUGAUUAUUCUCCUUUACUUUAGACCUCUCCCUCUGUGGCAGGUGGUAUGCUGCUACAUGUUUUGUUUGACAACUGUUACCAUUCUUCUUUCACACGUACAUAGUUUUAUCCUAUUCUGUAUUUGUAAAUUAAUUGACUAGAAAUAAAGUGAAUCCAUUUGCAAAAAAAAAUUAACUCCUAUCCUUGUAGCUCAGCUGCGAUUUACAACCAUUAGUAUCUAAGUGACUUUGUGAUGGUUGGAGGUUACCUAAGGAUCGACUCAGAGUUUUCAGUGCCAUUAAAGUGGUUCACUUCUUACCAGAGGGGAUCAUCAUAGUAACUUAUGAACUUGUGUUAUCAGUUCAUAUAAAACUCCUCCCACUAACCAAUCAAAUGACCUGAUUUAUCCAGGAUCCACGUUCUCACGUUAACUCUGUCACCGUUACUGAAGCCAGAUAAGCAAAGAUACUCAGGAUAUGUUGAAUUCACUGUACAGUGCAAGCCCCUGACGUUCACAACAUAAAUACCUGAUAAUGAAAUUGAACUCACCUGCAUAAAACACACAAAAGCAAGCCAAAAAGAAAAAUGUAUAAAUAUCUUUAAUUUUAAAAUGUAUAAGCCUCCACCUCUCCCAAAACACGGACAAAAUUAAAACAUUUCACAGACAUAUGUAGAUAGAAAAACGUGUAUUUUUGUUACAAUCAUAAUGCGGGAUAACAUAAAAGCACCAUUGAUUUUCAAAUACCUCCACAUAUGCUCAAAGGAUACAGUAUUCAGUACUUAGACUAAUAAGCGAAACAAAUUUGAGUGUUUUUUAUAAGUCAAUCUGAGGGACAAAAUAAUAAAAUUUAAAAUAAAAUAAAAAACAUACAAGAUUCCUUCUUCAUAAAAUACCUCCACAUAUGCUCAAAGGAUACAGUAUUCAGUACUUAGAUUAAUAUGUUAAUUAGUGAAGCAAAUUUAGUGUUUUUUAAGUCAAUCUAAGGGACCAAAUUAAAAAAAAAAACACGAUUCCUUCAUAAAAAAUAAAAAAACUAACCACAGUUUGACAGUCUUUUACUACAUGAAGCUUGCCUUUCACAUGAAGCUUUACAUAUGCUUCUUGUUACUAGCAUUUAUUUAACAUGUAAACAUUGGUAAUGAUUUGGUGGUGUUUGGUUUUUGUUAAUAAAAUCACUAAGUUAUUAAGGUUUGAACUUGAGGGUGAGCUCCUCCAGCGCUGUGACAAGUCUCUGCUCCUCCUCCGGUGAUGACCUGGAAGACGCCAGGGGGAGGUG